AUGGGGGUUCGUCCAAUAAUUGCUGCAAAAAUUGAUGAUAAUGAAAGGCUUUCAAGGGAUAAAAAAUUUAUGCUUAAGUUUGCUAAUCAUAACAAUUAUGAUGUAAAAGAGGGUUUAGAGUGUGUUGCAGUGAACUUGAAGGAGAAGAGUUCCUGUUGUAAGGAAUGGGAUUUAUCAGGAAGGCGACGACGUGGAGACGUACCUCUUCAAGGUGGUCAUCGUCGGCGGGGGAGGACCACUUUCGAGAGCGUCGACCGGUGGCUUCAAGAACUCGGGACACAUUCCGACACAACCAUCGCAAGGAUAUUGGUUGGCAACAAAUGUGAUUUGGAGAGUAUAAGAGCGGUAUCAGUUGAAGAAGGCAAAAACCUUGCAGAAGCCGAGGGGUUGUUCUUCAUUGAGACCUCAGCCCUUGACUCAACAAACGUGAAGACAGCCUUUGAAAUUGUCAUCAAGGAGAUUUACGCAAAUUUAAGCAGGAGAGUCUUGAACUCUGAUUCUUCAAAGCCUGAAUUGUCCCAAAAUAGGGUUAGCCUCGUGAGCAAUGGCACUGACGACCAGAAGAAAGCAGCGGGCAAAUUUUCUUGCUGUUGAUGGUUUUUUUCUUUCUUUUUUUUUUAUGAUUCCGAUUUCUUUUUACAACUGUUCGCAGUUGAGGGCUUUGUCAUUGAUCUUAAGAUUUGCAUGGUUUUCAAGUUUUUGUUUUUAUGUAUUGGCGAAAAGCAUAUUCAUGUGUUCAGUUUUGAAAAAGAACAAGGAUUUGUUAUUUCUACAGGUGAGAUUUUGUGAUAUAAUUUGGAAGAAAAAACUUGUAUUUAUUUGUAACUAGUUAAUGUGAUAUAGUGGACUGCAGAAAUUUGGUUC